CCCAAAGCGCAGGAGCCGGCGGCGGCGGUCCCGGCGGUGCCGCGCUCCGCACCUGCUCGCUUCGGUGUUCGUCGUGGCGGCGGCCGCAACGGCCUUCCGCGCCCCCGGGGGCGGGGGAGUGGCUGCGAGGCAGGUUAUUCAGCAAUAGUUAUGAACUCCCGUUUACGAGCCUUAGGUGGGAGGAUAAAUAACAUACGAGCAUCAGAACUACCAAAAGAGAAAACUCGAUCAGAGAUAACCUGUAACGUUCACUUUUUGGAUGGCUCAAUACAAAGCUUCAAAGUCAAUAAACAAGACACUGGUCAGAUUUUGCUGGAUAUGACCUAUAGUCAGUUGGGUGUGACAGAAAAGGAAUAUUUCGGUUUACAGCAAAAUGAAACUUCAGUAGAUUCACCUUUUUUCAUUUCACAGCGAUGGCUUGAACCAAACAAACCUAUUAGGAAACAGUUAAAAGGAGGUUUUCCCUGCACCCUUCGUUUUCGUGUAAGGUUUUUCAUACCUGAUCCAAACACACUUCAGCAAGAACAAACCAGGCACUUAUUCUUCUUGCAACUGAAGACUGACAUUGUAGAAGGAAGGUUGUCAUGUCCUAUUAAUUCUGCUGUUGUGCUGGCAUCAUACGCAGUACAAUCACAACUUGGAGACUAUGAUGCUUCAAUACAUCAUUCAGGAUAUCUGUCCAAUUACAACUUUAUACCAGAACAGAACAAAGAUUUUCUUACCAAAGUAGAAGCACUACAUGAACAACACAGUGGCCUCAAGCAAUCUGAAGCAGAGUCCUGCUACAUAAAUAUUGCACGGACGCUUGAAUUCUAUGGAGUGGAAUUGCACAGUGGUAGAGAUCUCCAUAAUCUAGAUCUCAUGAUUGGUAUUGCAUCCAGUGGAAUUGCUGUGUAUAGAAAACUCAUCUGCACAAGCUUCUAUCCCUGGGUGAACAUAUUAAAAAUUUCCUUUAAAAGGAAAAAGUUUUUUAUACAACAACGGCAAAAACAUAAUGAAUCCAGAGAGCAUAUUGUUGCCUUCAACAUGUUAAAUUACAGAGCAUGCAAAAAUCUGUGGAAGUCUUGUGUAGAGCAUCACACGUUUUUUCAGGCAAAGAAGUCACUACCUCAUGAAAAAAAAAUAUUAUCACAUUAUUGGACCCUAGGUUCUAGAAAUCCAGCAAAGUCUGUAAACAGCCAGUACUGCAGAAAAGUCAUAGGUGGAAUGGUUUGGAACCCAUCUAUGAGGAGAUCUUUAUCUGUUGAGCAUCUGGAGACCAAAAGCCUUCCUUCUCGAUCACCUCCUGUUACCCCUAAUUGGCGGAGUCCUAGACUACGUCAUGAAAUUCGUAAGGCACGACAUUCAUCUGUAGAUAACCUUACAAAUGAGAUUUCUUAUAUUACUGAGACAGAAGAUGUUUUUUAUACAUAUAAGGGCUCUCCAACAUCCAAAGACAGUGAUUCAGAGUUCUCUCAGAACCACAGUCCACAGAGGAGGCCUUCUGAACAAGAAUCACCAAAGAAUGUAUUGGGAAAUAGUCCAACUCGGAAUUCUCUGACCCGUACCUCACCUAAAGCAUUGACUCAGUCUCCCAACGGAGUUGGUAACAUUUCUGACUCUUACCCUCUGGAAGGGGUGGAUAAACACUUCCUAGAAACAUAUGACAAUGUUACAAAAAGUAGCUCAACAGAUGAUUCCAGUCAGUACUACUGUGAUAAGAAUGAGGUAAUUGAGGGAGAUUUACUUUUGGUGCGUAUCACACCAGAUGAAGAGGGGAAGUUCGGAUUUAAUCUAAAGGGUGGUAUAGACCAAAAAAUGCCCUUAGUGGUAUCAAGAAUAACUCCAGGAUCACCUGCUGAUAAAUGCAUUCCAAAACUGAACGAAGGUGAUCAGAUAGUAUUAAUUAAUGGCAGGGAUAUCUCAGAACACACACACGACCAGGUGGUCAUGUUUAUAAAAGCCAGCAGAGAAUCUCACACAAGAGAGCUUGCACUUUUGGUCAGGAGGAAAGUUGUUAAACAGUUUGUGGAGCCUAGAUUGGAAGAUGAAGUUGAUUCCCAGAAUCUCCCAGAAGCUCUUCUUUGUUCUGAAUACGCUGAAACUCUGGAUGAGUCUAUGGAACAGCUAAGGAAAGGGCUGGAAAGUGGGACAGUAAUUCAUCAGUUUGAGCAACUUUAUAGAAAGAAACCGGGAUUGGCUGUUACAUGUGCAAAAGUGCCUCAGAAUAUGGACAAGAAUCGAUACAAAGAUGUUCUGCCUUAUGAUGCCACAAGGAUAAUAUUGCAGGGGGAUGAAGAUUACAUUAAUGCAAAUUAUGUGAAUAUGGAAAUUCCUUCUGUGGGCAUUGUGAAUAGGUACAUUGCUACUCAAGGGCCUCUUCCUCACACGUGUGCACACUUCUGGCAAGUUGUCUGGGACCACAAGUUGUCGCUGAUCAUUAUGUUAACAACACUCACUGAACGUGGGCGGACAAAAUGUCAUCAGUAUUGGCCUGAUCCACCAGACGUAAUGGAGUAUGGCGGCUUUCGUGUCAGAUGCCACUCGGAAGAUUGUACAAUUGCGUAUGUUGUUAGAGAAAUGGUGAUUACAAACGUUGAGACAGAACAGCAACACACUGUCACUCAUCUUCAGUAUGUUGCUUGGCCCGAUCAUGGUGUUCCUGAUGACUCCAUGGAUUUCUUGGAGUUUGUGACCUGCAUGAGGCCAAAGAGAAUAGAGAAUGAGCCAGUUCUUGUUCACUGCAGUGCUGGAAUCGGUCGCACUGGUGUACUGGUCACUAUGGAAACAGCCAUGUGCUUAAUUGAAAGAAACCAACCUGUUUAUCCGCUGGAUAUUGUAAGAAAAAUGCGAGAUCAGCGAGCUAUGAUGGUUCAAACAUCAAGUCAAUACAAAUUUGUUUGUGAAGCUAUUCUUCGUGUUUACAAAGAAGGAUUGAUUCGACCACUGGAUUCUAGUUAGCACAGCAGUGAAGGAUGCAUUUUUUUCCCCUAAAAAGACUGCUUUUUUAACUAAAGCAGGGGCUUAUUUCUCAAAGCAACUAGAAUGGACUAGAAGCCCAUGAGAAGACAGAUGAGCACAUUUGAACUGUGGCACUUUAAAUUUCUCAAGAAGAUUGCUAAAUCAUGUACAGUAUAAAGAAAUCAUGUAGAUAAAUAUGAGAGCAAUUGUGUGUAAAUGCUUUACUUAGGCACCAUAAGCAAUCAUGGAAACCUCAAUGCAUAUCUUUCACUGCCUUAAACAUCCCUCACUUUGGAAGUUACAGAGAUCUUUGUGUUUCUUUUGAAAAUACGAAAGGAAAAUUAAUAGGACUGAAAUGACUCAGUUUAAGAAGGUAUUUAAUAUCUUUGUAUGAAAGUUCAUGGAAAGUGAAUAUUUGUAACUUUUUUACUGGGACAUUAAAUAUUUGUAGGAAUGUAACCUUGACUUGUCAAUGGCUGAUGAAGAGCUUCAAAGCCUAAUGCAUAACUACUGUACAUUAAGAAUAGGAGAAAUUAAGUAUUCACUUUCCAUAAGUCUAAUAGUAUGCCAGCUGUUAUAAUACUGUAUCACUGUAUGUGAUGUGCAAAACGAUACUUCAUUUAUACAUUUAAACAGAUGGUACAGUCUACAUCUUCUCUUGAUCAGUUUUACUUCCAUUUUGCCCUUUCAACAGUGACCUACUUCUUAGUGUUAGCUGUUGUAUUUCUUUUCUUCUGGUUCUACUGUCCUCCAAGACGAUUAUUUUUCACUGCUAUUUCUGUACGUGGACUGAAAACAUUCUAAGAUGAGGUCUUGCUCUCUUUCACCUUUGUUUCCGUGUUUAUUAUGAGUUCUCAGAUGUAAAUGUGGAUUAACAUUGCACACAAGUACUAGAUGUUUGACUUGCUGUAUAUGCAAAGUAGUCUAAUCCAAUACUGGAAGAAAAAAUUACUACUGAACCCAUCAAAUAUGUUGCUGCUAAUUCAAGGUGUGAAGCUUACAAGGACACAGGUGUUGGUAGUGUUCAGAUGGUGAUAAAAUGUUGACUUGCUGCCCUUCAGCAAAUGUGUUUAUCCAGUGAAACACUCUGUUGCAAGAGUUCUGUGGAUUUAUUGUGUUUCUUGCUUUAUGGAAAUGCAGCAAAAUUCAUGUGAAGAUUGACGUAGAAAGAGAGAAUGAAUUUGUACAUUGUUACAUGAUUCACCCUUAAGGUACACUGGUUUCCAUUUCAUUUCAAAUGGGAGAAUUGGACUUUCUGAACAAUAUAACCACAUUUGUAUGGUGUUAAUUUAUUUUGUGUGUGCUUUAUGAUUACCCUGAGAUAUUUCUUCAUCUUUGAAUAUUAUCUGAAAAAAAAAAAAAAAGAAAAAAAAAAUUAUUCUAAGGGACUGUUUGAAACUGUUAUUAAAAAAAAAAUAGUCCUAAAUAAGGAAAAACAUUUAAGACAUGUUAACCAAAUGUUUAUAUGUAUAUAAAAAGAAAAAAUAGAUAAUUUUCUUUUUGAAUAUAUAUAAUACACACAUAUACAUCCAGAUAUAUUUUAGAACUAUGGUUUGUAUUAUGGAUAUUGUCAUUUAUUUUUGAAGUUUCAUUAUGGAAACUGACAUAGCUAUAUAAUAUGCAUCUCUCAUGUAACCAGAAGCUUGGAUUGGUUUGUUUUGUGUGUUUUUUUUUUCCCCAGGAGAUGACUGAAAAAUGAAUGUAGUAUAUGCUUAAUUGCUAAUCCUUGCCUCCUUUAGACUUAUUCCUUUCUUCCAGGUUACAUUAUUGGUUAGAAGUAGAGGAAAGAAGAUUCCUAGCUACUUGGUUAAAACAGAGUUUUUUGUUUGGAACACACAAGGUCAUCAGCAACACAAAAAUCUUCAUGGCUUUGUAGGUUGAAGGGUGAAUAGAUUUGUGUUCAUUCUUACGUAUUGCAUUCCUAAUUUUAUCAUUGCUUAAAAGUUUUUAUAGUAUAUGGGGUUUUUAUCCUCUUGCUUGAUUGGGCAUAGAUUGGAAACCAAAAGAUGGUAAAUCUGGUCAACUCUUUACUUACUAAACUGCAUCAGGUCACUCAGCCUGAUCUGUGACUUCAAAUGUAAAAUACUUCUGGACACACAUUUUGCUUGGGAAGCUUUUUCAAAAAGUACAUGUGGAAAAAUGUUGUACAGGCUGUCAGCUGCUGUUUGGUGGCAUGUUGAGUGAGAAUGCCUAGUGACAUGUCUCCACUUGAGUAGUGGUCACUGAAGGGUCUGCCUGCUAUUUGACAGAAGCUCUCUUUUGCUGUUAUGUGUGUGCCUUUCUGUUAAAAUAUCUUGCUUUGAAGUUAUGCUGUGCCUAGAUCUCAAAGUCAUUGCUUGCAGUUUGUGUGACUUUGUCAAGAAGUGAAAAAGGCACAAAGGAAAGAAAAAAAAAAAAAAAGCAAGAGAAUAAAUAGGAAGUAUUUAGAGAAUCUUUGUCACAUUUGUUUCUUUAAUAGCAGUUCUUGAUUACCAUUUGUGUUCAAGGUUAGUGACCAAUUCCUACCACUAUUUAUGUUUCUUCAUGUUGAAAAUGUAUUUACCAAAACAUGGUAAAUUUCUUCAGUAUAUAACUUAUAUAACUCCAGUCUCAAGAUGCAUGACUUGCAUUAGUAUGUGUGUUUUUACAUGACCCUUGUCAUAUUGUGACGAGUGCUGCUCUUGUUCUGAUAAAGUUAGAUGGCUUUAGUAAUAGCAUUCCUAUGCUAUUAUUUGGAUUUUAAUAACUUGUGUGAAAUUGCUGGCCACUGCUGCUCCUCUUAAAGCUAUAAAAACAGUAAUCUGUGUAAUACUUGAUUUAUUUUUUUUUGUAAAACCAUAGAGAUAAUAUUAACUACACUGUUGUCCUGUAUGUUGUGUCCAUCUUUAUUUCAGUCUUGCUGGGUUUUGCACAUGUACCUGUUGGGUCUUUAUGGGAGCAUGAAGAGGCUUUUGUCUUCUGUCUGUACCAUGCUGUUGACUUCGCACUGAAUGAUAUAUGCCUUAGAUUUGAUCUGGCAACAAAAGCAUAAUUAUGGAAACGUCAUCUUACUGCUGGCUGUUGUUUCCACAAGCCUUAGGAAAUUAAAAAGGAGCAGAGUUGCUUGAUUUUUCUUGUAGGAGUUAAAACUCCUAACACAAAAUGUUUAACUGCCACACAAUGGACAAAUAGCAGAAAGUGCCCUGUAGUUAGGAUUCUGUAUAGCCCUCCUAAAUGUUUUAACCUUAUAUUUCUCCUCUGCUUGUGUUAGCAUAAAAAUGGGCGUUCCAAGUUUCUAACAUUGUGGAGGAUGAAGAAGGAAAACCCUGGAGGUUUUCACCAAUAUAAAAUGCAGUGACAUUAUUUCCUUGGAAGUAAGCAGAUAUUUACUACUGGUUUUAUAUUUGAUACAGAAGUAAUUAAGAUGCCUAAUUCAGAGCAUCUUUCAAAAAUAUUACAAGAGAAUACUUCUGAGACAGAAGUGGGAGAGUCUUACUUCGUAUUGAAAAUGAGAAAAAUGGUGCCAUAAACCACGAAUGCCUUUUGUGUAUUGGGAUAAAAGAAACAUGAAUCAUUAAAAUACAACCAAACUUUACACAGCUGUGGGGUUCUGCACAAAAAAAAAAAAAACAAACAAAACAAAAAAAACCACCACCUAUUAUAAUCCAGGGUUUUGCUCUCUGUAACCUUGUCUUUAGGUAUUGGUACUAAGUUACAAGCACUCACAGUAUACCCAGAAGAUCAGCAAUAUCUUUUAAUACAACUUCUUUUCAACAGUUGGUUUUCUUUUUCCCCUUCCUUUUCUACUAUGCAAUACUUGGUUAAAUAAAAAAUGUAAAGCACUGUAGCUCUAAAAUGUGUAUGGAACCAUGCAUUUACUUUAUUACAAGCAUAAUACUGUUUUACAAUACAAUUUCUUCCUUCCAGAUACUGCUCUUUUGUUUCAGACUCGAUGUGUAAAUGAUCUACUGAUUGAAAUGUGGAAAAUAGGCAUACGCGGUUCAUUUUUUGGUAAUUAACAUUUUAAACGCAGAUAUUUCACUGAUAACAGCUUUAUUGUCGCAUCUUUAAAUGUAGCAUUUAAGAGCAAAUUUAUUUUAUUCAGUCACAUGAAUCCUUUCCAGAGCUUGCACUGGGAAGUAUUUGUGUUUCAGUUGGUAAGGUGCAAUUAGUCUACUUGGUUAAAAGCAUUUAUGAAUUGAAACUGUAUAGAAGGUAAAGCUGUGUCAUGAAACACUUUGUUCAAAGGCAGUUGAAAGCCAAGUGAAUGAUUAAUUUAUUAUAUAAAACAUAAUGUUUUGAUUAAAUGGAUUUUCUUGCAUUUAAUUUCUGACACUGAUAGUGUUGAGCCAUCUCAGAUGACUGUCUGUUUUAACAAUAGCAUUAUAUUAACAGUUUAAAUAUAGCAAUUUAAUGCAAUGUGGUUUAGUUUUAGUGUGCUUUAACAUACUUUGUUUCCAUUGUUCAGUAGCUGUACAAGCUUCAAACAAUAGUAUCCACAGUCACCGCAACUUGUCUUAAGGCAAAAAGAAAUUUCUCCUACUACAAAGAAAUAACGAGCAGGUGGUUUUGAUAGAUUUAUCCAUUUUCCAACUUACCUCCUUCACAGUCUAGCUCUGAUUCAUUCAUUGGUAAAGGGCAGCAAUUGAGGGCCAAGAAUAUAAUGGAAAAAGCACAAUUGUGACCACUGACACUACAGUUAAAAUACCUUUAGCUGUUGACUUCAAAAUAAAUAAAGAAAUAAAAAUUGUCACGUUCAUCUUGAGAUGUGACUCUGGGAAUUGGGAGCAGGAUGGGCUUUUUUAGACCUUUUGUUGCAAACUACUUGGAUAGGAGUCUGUGUGCUCUUUUGAGCUUAGCUGCAGUUUAUGAGUCUUCAGUGAAUUUUUUGAAAUAUUCAAACAUUUAUUUUCAUGAAACACUUCAGUUUAGUGUUAGUUGCUCAGUUUCUUUUUUCUUGGCUUUCAUGACGUGAUUUCAUGAUUUGUCAUUGUACCUUAUCAGAUACUUUCAGGUUUCCCACAGCUGUAAAGCAGGCUCUGUCAUAGACAGCCCCAAGGACGUCGCUGUUGCUUAUGAAGCAACAUUACCUGUGCCUGCUGAAGGUGCUGUGUGGCACUGGGACCUGCCUGAGCUCAGCUCCUCCCUGAGGAAUUUGAACAGUGCUGUGUAACACUGAUGGAAAUGGUAAACGUAGUUUGAAGGACCAUGUAGGAAAUGUUUUCUUCUACACUGGUAAUGUUUUUAUUUAAAAAAAAAAAAAAAAAAAAAAAAAAGUUUGUAAGGAAGAAAAUGUUUUAAUGGGUAAGAGUGGAAAAUGUUGGGUUUUGUUUUCCCCCCCAUGUGGAGUGCUUUUCUAUGUUCUCUUGGAACUGUUGCUUCAGUAAAAAAAAAAAAGUACCCU